UCUCUCUGUGUCAGAGAAGUCGAGUCACUGAGCGAGAUUUGACAGAGGAGCAGAAGAGAAUGGGGUUUGAGAAGGAAGAUCUGGAUGUGCUGUUGGUUCCGAGUGGCCUGCUCAUCAUGUUCGUCUACCAUCUCCAGCUCCUCUACAGAUACCUCCAUCAGCCCCACACCACUUGCAUGGGGUUUGAGAACUUCAACAAGCGCUGCUGGGUUCGAGCCAACAUGCAGGGUCAGGAGAGGAACGUUGGUACGUGCCUCCAGGUGAUCUCCUCCAACACGUCGGCGGCGACCUUUCUGGCCACCGUCUCGCUCACCCUCUGCUCCCUGAUUGGCGCAUGGAUCAGCAACACCAACAACAACUUCUUCGUGAGCGACCUCGUCUACGGCGACACCCGGCCCACCACCCUCUCCAUCAAGUACAUCAGCCUCCUCAUCUGCUUCCUCCUCGCCUUCUCGUGCUUCAUCCAGUCGGCCCGCCACUUCGUCCACGCCAAUUACCUGAUCAGCACUCCGAGCCCGAGCGUCCCUCCGAGGAGCGUCGAGGUGGCCGUCAUCCGAGGCUGCGAUUUCUGGUCCGUGGGGCUCAGGGCGCUGUACUUUGCUCUGAACUUGCUUCUCUGGUUCUUCGGACCGAUACCCAUGUUUGCUUGCUCCGUUUUCAUGGUCCUGUUCUUGCAUUACCUCGACUCGAACACGAUGCCAUUGAUUGAGCACGAGUUCGAUGGACGGCAAGUGGUCAAGGAGGUGGAGCAAAGAGUCUCGGAGAUAGCAAUGGCCAUUCACAUGCCGUCACAUCAAAAUUGAACGAGGCCUCAUUGUUUUGUGUACAUCUAGGAAUAGAAAAACACAGGGUUUGAUUUCUAAUCUUUUGUUCUUAUUGUGGGUCCGUCUAGUUAAGAAGCUUCUAGCAUAGUUAUAUUCUAUAAUAUGGUCGACAUACUCUUUAUGUGGUGGCCUCAUGCGAAUUAAAACACAUGAGCUAAUCUGUCAAAGUCUUGACUCUUCUCCGAAGUUAGCGAGGCAAAGAACUCUGUGCAAAAGUCUCCCAAAUAGCCAGUCAUCUGUAUAAAAAUCUCUCUAUCUAACUUUCCAAAUUCAAAAAAAUAUU